AUGGCGAGCGUGCCUCAGUUCACUGAUCGGGCCGCAAAGGCCCUCGGCGACGCUGCACACCUCGCUGAACAAUAUGGCCAUUCUCAGAUUCUACCAGUCCACCUAGCAGUCUCUCUGUUUGACCCUCCGCCCGACGAGUCCAAAGACCAACAGACUACAGUCAACGCCUCACAAGCUCACGCUUCGGCUCCUCUCUUCCGGCAAGUCGUCGAAAGAGCACAUGGCGACAUCCAGUUACUCGACAGAGCGCUCAAGAAAGCUCUUGUGCGACUCCCGAGUCAAGACCCUCCGCCCGAACAUGUCACCAUGUCGCCAUCCCUCUCAAAGGUCAUCAGAUCCGCUCAGGAGCUGCAAAAAACACAGAAGGAUACUUAUGUGGCCAUUGAUCACUUGAUCACCGCUCUCGCGCAAGAUCCGAAGAUCCAAGAAUGUUUGAAGGAGGCAAACAUCCCGAACACCAAGCUCAUCGACUCCGCCAUUCAGCAAAUACGUGGCACGAAGCGAGUUGACUCCAAGUCGGCCGACUCGGAGGUGGAAAAUGAGAAUCUCAAGAAAUUCACAAUCGACAUGACACAACUGGCAAGAGAAGGAAAACUCGAUCCCGUCAUCGGACGAGAAGAGGAGAUCCGACGGGUGAUCCGAAUCUUGUCCAGGAGAACCAAGAACAACCCGGUCCUCAUUGGUGAGCCCGGUGUCGGAAAGACCACAGUCAUCGAAGGUCUGGCACAGCGGAUCAUAAAUGCAGAUGUCCCUGCGAAUCUCGCCGCGUGCAAACUGCUCUCUCUUGAUGUGGGUUCCCUUGUUGCUGGCAGCAAGUAUCGUGGUGAAUUCGAGGAGAGAAUGAAGGGUGUUCUCAAAGAGAUCGAGGAGUCCAAUGAGAUGAUUGUUCUCUUUGUGGAUGAGAUCCAUCUGCUCAUGGGCGCUGGCGCCAGCGGUGAAGGUGGCAUGGACGCCGCAAAUCUGCUCAAACCCAUGCUCGCCCGUGGACAGCUCCACUGUAUCGGUGCCACCACUCUUGCCGAGUACCGCAAGUACAUCGAAAAAGAUGCGGCUUUCGAACGAAGAUUCCAACAGGUUUUGGUCAAGGAACCCACCGUGGCAGAGACAAUCUCCAUCCUUCGUGGCUUGAAAGAGCGAUACGAAGUCCACCACGGUGUGACGAUUCUGGACGGUGCCAUUGUUGCCGCGGCCACUCUUGCCGCCCGUUACAUCACAUCUCGGCGUUUGCCCGACUCUGCCGUUGAUCUUAUCGACGAAGCAGCAGCUGACGUUCACGUCGUCAGAGAAUCGCAACCCGAAGUUCUCGACAAUCUUGAACGACGACUCCGGCAACUCGAGAUCGAGAUUCACGCCUUGCAACGGGAAACAGAUCCGUCAUCGGUUCAGCGUUUGGAAGAGGCCAAGCGUGAAGCAGCCAACGUCAAGGAAGAGCUAGAACCGUUGAAAGAGCACUACGAACGGGAGAAAGCCCGCUCCCGAGAGAUACAGGAGGCUAAGAUGAAGUUGGAACAACUGAAGAACAAGAGAGACGAAGCAGAGCGUUCCAACGACCUGCAGACUGCCUCUGAUUUGACAUAUUACGCCAUCCCCGAUGUGGCUGCCAAGAUCAAGGCCCUCGAGAACGCCCGAGCUCAAGCAGAUGCUGAGCAGCAUGCCAGACUCGGUGCAAUGGGGGAGGUUUCACCGACCGACGCAGUUGGCCCCGAACAAAUCAAUACCAUUGUCGCCAAGAUGACCGGCAUCCCGAUCACCAGACUGCGUGCUUCCGAGAAGGAGAAGAUUCUUCACAUGGAACAGCAUCUGCAGCGCAUCGUGGUUGGACAGAAAGAGGCUGUCCAGUCUGUCUCCAACGCCAUCAGGCUCCAACGUUCUGGCCUGGGCAACCCCAACCAGCCACCGAGCUUUUUGUUCUGUGGUCCUUCUGGUACCGGUAAGACGCUGUUGACCAAGGCGCUUGCCGAGUUCUUGUUCGACGACCCGAAGGCCAUGAUCAGAUUCGAUAUGUCGGAAUAUCAAGAACGACACUCACUGUCGAGGAUGAUUGGUGCACCUCCAGGAUAUGUUGGACACGAUGCAGGUGGGCAACUCACCGAGGCAUUACGACGUCGGCCAUUCUCUAUCUUGCUGUUCGAUGAAGUCGAGAAGGCCGCCAAGGAAGUGCUCACUGUCUUGCUCCAACUUAUGGACGACGGCAGAAUCACUGAUGGCCAAGGUCGUGUUGUGGACGCCAAGAACUGCAUUGUGGUUAUGACGAGCAAUCUUGGUGCUGAAUAUCUGUCUCGCCAGAAUGCACCUGACGGAAAGAUCGACCCGACGACCCGAGAAUUGGUGAUGAAUGCUCUGCGGAACUACUUCUUACCCGAGUUUUUGAACAGAAUCAGCUCAAUCGUCAUCUUCAACCGGCUGACUAGGAGAGAAAUCCGGAAGAUCGUCGAUCUGAGACUGGCUGAGAUCCAAAAGAGACUCGAGAGCAAUGACAAGAAGAUCGUCAUCAAUGCAAGCGAAGAGGUCAAGGACUACCUGGGUGCUGCUGGGUACUCGCCUGCCUAUGGCGCUCGUCCUCUACAAAGAUUGAUAGAGAAGGAGAUCCUCAACCGUCUGGCUGUGUUGAUCCUGAGAGGUGCCAUCAAGGAUGGUGAGACGGCCAAUGUCGUCUUGGAGGAUGGACGGGUCGUGGUAUUGCCAAACCACACCGACAGUGAGAUGGAGGAGGAUGAAGAUAUGCUUGAUGACGAGGACGCAAUGUUGGAGCUAGAGGACGGUACCAACGGUAACAUGGACCUUUACGAGUAG